AUGCUCGACGCGAUUCUUUCAUACUUCGUAGUUGUUGGCGGACGACACCAACCACGUAGAGAGGACAACUGGGCAACGACCAACACCAACACAGUCUCCACAUGUGUGAUUAACACAACCAGUUUUGAUAGUUUUCGCACGAUUGGAUUCAAUCAUUCCCGUUCACAAGUACAGUACAUCACCAUGGUUCAAGUGAAUGUGGUCUCAAUGGAAAGUAGUGGCAUUGAAAGGCCAGAAAGUGCGCCAAAAAUUGGCUGGUUCGUCUACAUGCUCUCUUUUUCCGCUGUUAUAGGCGGAUUCCUGUUUGGAUAUGAUACUGGGAUUGUCUCAGCUGCCAUGAUGUACGUACCACAGAAUAAUGAUCUCAAGCCAGUGAACUCCAUUUGGCAUGAAAUUAUAGUCAGCAUCACUCCCGGAUUUGCUGCUGUUGGAGCUCUACUGUCCGCUCCUGGUUCAGAUUAUUUUGGUCGUAAGAAGGUUAUUGUCGUUGCCACUAUUGUCUUUACCGUAGGAGCGGUUAUAUGUGGAAUAGCAUGGACAAAAAUAGUCCUUGUUAUAGGUCGAGUACUACUUGGCAUCGCUAUAGGUUUUGCGUCAAUGAUUGUGCCGGUCUAUGUCGGAGAGGCAUCACCAUCGAACAUUCGUGGUCGACUUGUGACCGGCUUCCAACUGAUGAUAACCAUUGGUCUAGUCAUGGCUAACGUUGUAGGAGGAGCUUUGAGCUAUGUUAAUCCUGAAAACUGGGGAUGGAGGAUAAUGUUCGCAUUUGCUGCCAUUCCUGCUGUCAUCCAAUUUAUCUGCUUCUUGUUUUUGCCCGAGAGCCCAAGAUGGUUGUAUGAACACGGUUUGAAGGAUGAAGCAGAAGAGGUACUGAUGAAGAUAUACAACGGUAACGAAGAGUGGGUUAAGUAUGAAUUGGCUGAAAUCAGUUAUGGUCAUAAAAUGGAGCUUAUGGCGAAGGAAGAAAUCGGCGCAGAGAAUGGAUCCGUUAUGUUGCGGAUAUUGCGUACGCCUCACGUUCGGAAAGCAUUACUCAUAGGUGGCAUACUUCAAGCGUUCCAACAAUUGUCCGGAAUAAAUACUGUCAUGUACUACACUGCAAAUAUUAUUCGUUCUGCAGGAGUCACCAAUACCCAUAAUACUAUAUGGAUCUCCGUGGGGACAUCAGCAAUCAAUUUUAUUGGGACAUUCAUUCCGAUGGCGUUAGUGGAACGAAUGGGACGUCGGGUACUUCUUAUGUCCUCGAUCUGUUGUGUAAUUCUAUCUCUUCUCGCCAUGGGUACCUCAUUUAUUCUCAUCAACAAGGAUUCUGCACUAGCGCUUCAUGAUCAAAGCUUUGUCAAUAAGUCAAAUCCAGAUCACCAACAAUUGACUUGUGAAAAAUACAGCAACUGUGACUUCUGCAUAACCAAUGAGGACUGCGGUUUUUGUGCUACAAAUGAACGAACAGGAUAUUGCCUCCGAAGAAAAUCGCAUUCUACAUCCGAUCCAGUGUCGGGUGCUGGUCCUUGCAGUUCGCUCGAAUCAAUGGGCACAAUUUAUCACUGGGAUGAGAACUCGUGUAAGACAAAGUUCACCGUUCUUCCCAUUAUUAUAAUGGUUCUCUAUCUUUUCUCAUUCGCAAGCGGAUACGCUCCUCUGCCAUGGGUGGUGAACGCCGAGUUUUAUCCGUUAUGGGCAAGAAGUACAUGUGUAUCGAUCGCUACGGCCAUCAAUUGGACCUUCAAUCUGAUCAUCUCCAUCACAUAUCUUUCACUUGGCCAAGCGAUAACAAAAUUUGGUACAUUCUUCUUGUACGCUGGACUGACAGUGCUCGCUCUAAUAUUUGUUUACUUCUUCGUGCCCGAAACUCGAGGCUACUCAAUCGAUGAAGUGGAAAUGCUUUUCAUGACAAAGGAAGAAAGACAGCGGGCUCUUCUAAAAAAAGAAAAGCCUGCUAAUACUCUUCAAAAACCGUACAUUUCAACUAUUCAUAUAUCAGAUUCAUCAUGA